AUGGCAGGCGUUCGUUCGUUAUUGGGUCUUAGAAGAUGCUGGUAUCAAGUUUCUCUACGAAGUGUCGUCACCUCCGCCACGAAACGGAACAAUACUACCGAACUUAAAUUUGACCCUACGAGAUCCGAUGGAGACUUCACGUCAUUCGGAGUACUUCCGUUCAUCCAAAAGAACAUCAACGAUCUGUUGCUCGCAAAGAACACGCCUUACUACGAUGGGAAGCCAGUGACCAACGUCGGCCCCACCAGAGACCAACGAAGCUUCCUUAGUGUUUUGGGGUCUGACUAUAGUGUGGUCUUCAAAGGUGAUGGAACACACACGGGCAAGUCAUUUGCCAUGGCCACAUACACUUUGAACCAUGCGUUGUCACGUGUGCCGAGACACAGGUUGUUACAGUUCCACAGUACUGUGGAUAGCAUUAUUCUUGUACCGACAAGGGAGAUGGUAUUUCAGUAUCACCAAUAUUUCAGUCAGCUAACUAAAGGGUUACCCGACAAUUGUUGUCCUGAGAAGCUUGUUCCGACGGAAGACGACGAAUAUGAAGUUGAGUUUAGACCGUUAACCAUUGAGUUUCGUACACCCGAUUCCAAAGCCUUUUAUAUCUCAUCGAAAGAUGGCAAUGCCACAGAUAUUGACUCUGACUCUGUUCCACAGAUAUUGGUGACUACUCCUCAACAGUUAGGCACGAUCCUAGCAUCACCUAGACGGGCCAAAGAAGUUAGUGAAGCCAAAGUAAUUUGUGUGGACGAAACAACCACUUUACUUUCCACCACCUCCAUCUCUGGGAACGAUACUCUUCUGCAAGAGGGCAAGAAGAAAAAGUAUAUGUCCAAGUUAGAAGUUUGUAUCAAGCAGAUCCAGUCCAUUCAGUUUGAGAGUUUCCAGAAGGAGUCCCAGUUAAGACUCGAACGAAUAGAGAGACAUGCAAGAAGAAUACGUGAUGAAGAAAUCUCUUCCUUCAACCAUUCUUCCUUCGUUAUGGCCAAUAAUAACCUUUCGAUUACCAAUAUUGAAUCCCAGAUCAUUUCUGGUGAACCCAACAUUGGUUUGCUCAAACGGCUUAUCAAAGAGAAACGUAAGGUUCUUUAUAAACCAAUUCAAUUCGCAUUCAUAUGUGAUAAAAUGACCCCGAACCAUAUGUUUGCUAAUAUGGCUAUUGCUAACGACAGGAGCCAUGCCAUCACCAAUGCCAUCACCAUGCACGAACGAUCUGCUCACUUUAUACGAAGUGUGGAAGAGAAGGUGCACGAGACCUACGGUAAGUAUCUCCAUACCAAGAGACAGAAGGACAUUCAUCGGUUUGAGGACCCCAUAACGUAUUAUAUUGAGGCGAUCUCCAGGUUCUCCAACGAUAUGAGAAAGACCAGAAGGAAUGAAAGAAGGUUGAUCACUGUGGGUUCUGGACCAAUGGACAUGGCCAAAUACAACCACCAAUCACAGAUUGAACUAAGUAUCAUUGAAGUGGAUCGCUCUCCGGUUAAAAAGAAUCGAGUAGUGGUGAAAGAUAUCGAUAUCAACCAAGAGUACCAUCAUCUGGUUACAGAGACCCAGUCAUUAAUCUUGAGGAGGUUGGAGAACGAACUGUUUAAUUUGGAGAAUUCCCAAAAGAAUUUUUUAAAGUCUUUUGAACCCACAAAGAUCACCAGUUUAUUAAUAAAAAAAGCAGUUACUCAAGUCAACUCCUCAAAGGGUCUGCUUCUUGUGGUUCCAGCGUCUUCAGCCCCAGACAUUCCAGAAUUAGUCAACACUCUUAAUACUCAGACAUCCUCUUCGUCCUACGUCCAUUAUAAGAUCGAAACCAUACAAGAUUUCCAAUCACUACAAGACCAUUUCGUAAAGGAAGAAGCUGCUAAUUUAAUCAUAAGUGCUGACCAACUAUUGGGCCGAAGUUUUCCUGGAUGUACCAAUAUAAUAGCACUUGGUUUAGAAACAUUAUACCCUCAAUUGGCAUAUUCCACUAAUGCCCUUGGCAUUAGUGGAUUGGAGCACACAAAUGGAGAUCUUUUCAUACCAUUUAUUAAUGCUUUAGACUCAAAUGUACCAGAUAUCACCAAGAGGUUCACAAUUGUACUUAACCAUGUUUCCAAGUCGCUUGAUGACGCUAAACGGAACCAAAAUUAUAAGAAAUUGGCAGAGUUGAUGAUCUUUAACGAUAUACCCAGACAUUUCCAUACAUCAAGAUUGACCAAAACAAAGGACCACCAUAUACUCUCAUAUGAAGAGUUUUAA